AUGUACCAUUAUCUCCGAGACCACAAGCCUGAUCUUGAGAUUGAGAAGGAAAGAAUUUCAAAAGUUGGUGGUUUUAUUCAUGCAGGAAGAGUAAAUGGCAGUUUAAACCUUACAAGAGCUAUAGGUGACAUGGAAUUUAAACAGAACAAAUUUCUUUAUGCUGAACAAGUUGUAACUGCCAAUCCAGAUAUUAACACUGUUGAGCUUUCUGAUGAAGAUGAAUUUAUAGUUCUAGCUUGUGAUGGAAUAUGGUACUCUUCUUAUGCUUUAUAUGUCCAUUUGAUUAUGAACAUUGUGAUCUAUCUGAGAGAUCAAUAA